AUGUUGUUUACGAAUGUAUGUCUUCUCGACUUAUUCUUCUUCUUCUUCUUCUUCUUCUUCUUCUUCUCGAUUCAACUGCGUUAUAAUCGUCCAGUUAUAAGCCAACCAUAUAUCGUCAAGUCAAAGUCGACGUCGAGCUCCAAGAGCGAUCGUCAAUGCGUCAUUUCGGCUCGCAUCCCAAUGGUCGAGCUGUAUCAAACUUCAUUGCUACAGCUAUUGGCUUGUCAAAUGGCCCUGCUUUUGCCUGUUCCUGGAUGCGGGGUGAAGUCAGACUUCCGGAUUGGGAAUUGGCGGCGAGAGGAUCACACUCCCAACCUAAUGAAGUUUCAACAAGAUGUCGUGCAAUUUUCUCCAUCUUUGCCGUCUCGGCCGCAUGAUCCUAAUGCCAGCCUUCUUUCCUUGUCAACGCAGAGUCGUAUCCACAAAGCUCCCAGCCACAAAUCCAGAGUACCCGCGGAAUCUUCAGCGGAUUUGCAUCGGGAUAGUUUCAGUUUCCACGAUGGGCUCCGAUCCAUUUCCCCAAGGCCGCCGACUUGA